UUUCCUGUUCCGGAGGCGCGGGCGGCGCCACUGUCUUGGCGGUCGCGAUCGCAGCCGGGCUUCGUUCCGAUGGUGACCGCGCGGCUCUUUGUGUUGGGGAUAUUGUGUUUAAGAAAAGUUCGUGUGUGAAGUUUUGAGCUACUUGAGUUCUGCAGGCUGUGUUGCAUCGAUGAGACAAUACAAUUUAUUGACUACCUACUCGGCCAGAGACUGUGAAGGACACAGAAAUAAUUGCAAACCAACCCAUGUUAUCAAGAAGUAAUGAACUAGUUAGUGGAGGAGCUAGCCUUGUGCACCCAUGACCAUCAUAGGAGGCAGUGUCUGAACUUAUGUUGUCUGUGGAAGAUGUGACAUAUGCAGACAGUAUAUCAUGAUGCAAGGCAGUACAUGUCACAGGAUGUCGUUCCACCCGGGACGAGGCUGUCCCCGGGGCCGGGGACUUGGAGCCAGACCCUCGGCCCCGGCCUUCAGACCCCAGAACCUGAGGCUGCUUCACCCUCAGCAGCCGCCCGCGCAGUACCCCUACGAACCUCCCAGCGCCCCCUCCGCCACCUUCUCCAACUCUCCAGCCCCCAACUUCCUGCCUCCGCGCCCGGACUUUGUGCCCUUCCCGCCCCCCGCUCCCCCGUCGGCGCAAGGCCCCCUCCCCCCGUGCCCCGUCAGGCCCCCCUUCCCCGGCCACCAGAUGCGGCACCCCUUCCCCGUGCCGCCCUGCUUCCCGCCCGUGCCCCCGCCCGUGCCCUGUCCGAGUAACCCCCCGGCCCCCGGGGCCCCCCCGGGGCAGGGCACCUUCCCCUUCAUGAUGCCCCCGCCCUCCGUGCCCCACCCGCCGCCGCCGCCCGUCCUGCCGCAGCAGGUCGGUUACCAGUACCCCCCGGGGUACUCGCACCACAGCUUCCCCCCGCCCAGCUUCCACAGUUUCCAGAACAGCCCCGGCGCCUUCCCACCCAGCGCCUGCGGCGGCGGCGGCGGCGGCGGCGGCGGCGGCAGCAACAGCGGCAGCAGCAGCAGCAGCCCCCACUUCAGGCACCUCCCUCCCUACCCGCUCCCCAAGGCUCCCAGCGAGCGCCGCUCCCCGGAGCGCCUCAAGCACUACGACGAUCACCGGCCACGAGACCACAGCCACGGGCGCGGGGAGAGGCAUCGGUCCCCGGAGCGCCGGGAGCGCGGCCGCAGCCCCGACCGGAGGAGACCCGACAGCCGCUACCGCUCCGAGUACGACCGAGGGCGCACGCCGCCGCCGCGGCACCGCAGCUACGAGCGGAGCAGAGAGCGGGAACGGGAGAGACACAGGCACCGGGACAACCGAAGAUCACCAUCUCUGGAAAGGUCCUACAAAAAAGAGUAUAAGAGGUCUGGAAGGAGUUACAGCUUAGCAGGUGUCGCUGAACCUACAGGAUGCACACCAGAAUUACCUGGAGAGACUAUUAAAAAUACAGAUUCUUGGGCCCCAGCCACAGAGGUUGUCAAUCAUCGGUCCCCCAGCAGGGAGAAGAAGAGAGCUCGUUGGGAGGAAGAAAAAGACAGAUGGAGUGACAGCCAGAGUUCUGGCAAAGAAAAGAACUAUACCUCCAUCAAGGAGAAGGAAUCAGAGGAGAUGCUGCCUGACAAAAACGAGGAGGAAGAAGAGGAGCUCCUUAAACCUGUGUGGAUUCGAUGCACCCAUUCAGAAAACUACUACUCCAGCGACCCCAUGGAUCAGGUGGGAGAUUCUACUGUAGUUGGAACAAGUAGGCUCCGAGACUUGUACGACAAAUUUGAAGAAGAAUUGGGGAGCAGACAAGAAAAGGCCAAGGCUGCUAGGCCUCCGUGGGAGCCUCCGAAGACGAAGCUAGAUGAAGAUUUAGAGAGCGCCAGCGAAUCAGAAUGUGAGUCUGACGAGGACAGCACCUGCUCUAGCAGCUCAGACUCUGAGGUGUUUGAUGUCAUCGCAGAAAUUAAGCGCAAAAAGGCCCACCCCGACCGACUUCAUGAUGAACUGUGGUACAACGACCCAGGCCAGAUGAAUGAUGGACCUCUGUGCAAAUGCAGCGCCAAAGCGAGACGCACAGGAAUUCGGCACAGCAUUUAUCCCGGAGAAGAGGCCAUCAAGCCCUGUCGCCCCAUGACCAACAACGCUGGCAGACUCUUCCACUACCGCAUCACCGUCUCCCCUCCUACCAACUUUUUAACCGACAGGCCGACUGUUAUAGAAUAUGAUGACCAUGAAUAUAUCUUUGAAGGAUUUUCUAUGUUUGCGCAUGCCCCCCUAACCAAUAUUCCUCUGUGUAAAGUAAUUAGAUUCAACAUAGACUACACCAUUCAUUUCAUUGAAGAGAUGAUGCCUGAGAAUUUUUGUGUGAAAGGGCUUGAACUCUUUUCACUGUUCCUAUUCAGAGAUAUUUUGGAAUUAUAUGACUGGAAUCUGAAAGGUCCUUUGUUUGAAGACAGCCCUCCAUGCUGCCCAAGAUUUCAUUUCAUGCCACGGUUUGUAAGAUUUCUUCCAGAUGGAGGCAAGGAAGUGUUGUCCAUGCACCAGAUUCUGCUCUAUCUGUUACGGUGUAGCAAAGCACUGGUCCCAGAAGAGGAGAUUGCCAAUAUGCUUCAGUGGGAGGAGCUUGAGUGGCAGAAAUAUGCAGAAGAGUGCAAAGGCAUGAUUGUCACCAACCCUGGGACGAAACCAAGCUCUGUCCGCAUUGAUCAACUGGAUCGUGAACAGUUCAACCCUGAAGUGAUUACUUUUCCGAUUAUCGUCCACUUUGGGAUACGCCCUGCACAGUUGAGUUAUGCAGGAGACCCACAGUACCAGAAACUAUGGAAGAGUUAUGUGAAACUCCGCCACCUCCUAGCGAACAGUCCCAAAGUCAAACAAACGGACAAACAGAAGCUGGCACAGAGGGAGGAAGCACUCCAAAAAAUCCGACAGAAGAAUACAAUGAGACGAGAAGUAACUGUGGAGCUCAGUAGCCAAGGAUUUUGGAAGACUGGCAUUCGUUCUGAUGUCUGUCAGCAUGCCAUGAUGCUGCCUGUUUUGACCCAUCAUAUCCGUUAUCACCAAUGCUUGAUGCACCUGGACAAGUUGAUAGGAUAUACUUUUCAAGAUCGGUGUCUGUUACAGCUGGCCAUGACGCAUCCAAGUCAUCAUUUAAAUUUUGGAAUGAACCCAGACCAUGCCAGGAACUCCUUGUCUAACUGUGGGAUUCGGCAGCCCAAAUAUGGAGACAGAAAAGUCCAUCACAUGCACAUGAGGAAAAAAGGAAUUAACACCCUAAUAAAUAUCAUGUCACGCCUUGGCCAGGACGACCCAACCCCUUCAAGGAUUAAUCACAAUGAACGGUUGGAGUUCCUGGGUGAUGCCGUUGUUGAGUUCCUGACCAGUGUCCAUCUGUACUAUUUGUUUCCUAGCCUGGAGGAAGGAGGAUUAGCAACCUACCGGACUGCCAUUGUUCAGAAUCAGCACCUUGCUAUGCUGGCAAAGAAACUUGAGCUGGAUCGAUUCAUGCUAUAUGCUCAUGGACCUGACCUGUGUAGAGAAUCAGACCUUCGGCAUGCAAUGGCUAAUUGUUUUGAAGCAUUGAUAGGAGCUGUUUACUUGGAGGGAAGCCUGGAGGAAGCCAAGCAGUUAUUUGGACGCUUACUCUUUAAUGAUCCGGACCUGCGAGAAGUCUGGCUCAAUUAUCCUCUCCACCCACUCCAGCUACAAGAGCCAAAUACUGAUCGACAACUUAUUGAAACCUCUCCAGUCCUACAGAAACUUACAGAGUUUGAAGAAGCAAUUGGAGUAAUUUUCACUCACGUUCGACUUCUGGCAAGGGCAUUCACGUUGAGAACUGUGGGAUUUAACCAUCUGACCCUAGGCCACAACCAGAGAAUGGAGUUCCUAGGUGACUCCAUUAUGCAGCUGGUCGCCACGGAGUACUUAUUCAUUCAUUUCCCGGAUCAUCACGAAGGCCACUUAACUUUGUUGCGAAGCUCUUUGGUGAAUAACAGAACUCAAGCCAAAGUAGCAGAAGAGUUGGGCAUGCAGGAGUACGCCAUCACCAACGACAAAACCAAGCGGCCCGUGGCCCUGCGGACCAAGACAUUGGCAGAUCUUUUGGAAUCAUUUAUUGCAGCACUGUACAUUGAUAAGGACUUGGAAUAUGUACAUACCUUCAUGAAUGUCUGUUUCUUCCCGCGAUUAAAAGAGUUCAUUCUGAACCAGGACUGGAAUGACCCCAAAUCCCAGCUGCAGCAGUGUUGCUUGACACUUAGGACUGAAGGGAAAGAGCCAGACAUCCCCUUGUACAAGACUCUGCAGACGGUGGGACCCUCCCAUGCCAGAACAUACACCGUGGCUGUUUACUUCAAGGGAGAGAGGAUCGGCUGUGGGAAAGGACCAAGUAUUCAGCAAGCAGAAAUGGGAGCUGCAAUGGAUGCACUUGAAAAAUAUAACUUUCCCCAGAUGGCUCAUCAGAAGCGGUUCAUUGAACGGAAAUACAGACAAGAGUUAAAAGAAAUGAGGUGGGAAAGAGAGCACCAGGAGAGAGAACCAGAUGAGACUGAAGACAGAAAGAAGUAAAGGAAGGCCGGACAUGGUGGUGUGUUUACUUGCUUAGUAACUGUGACUGUUGCCUGUUGAGACCUAGCCUAGUUUUCCUUCAAACAAUGAAUGAAGUGUGACCAUUGAAAUAAAACAUGAAGUCAAAC